UUCAUAAAUCCCUGGGUGCCGCACGCAUGAUUGACAGUUGCGUACGUCAUCGUCGACGGCUGUCAAUCUCGCGGCCCGCUCCGAUUCUUUUACGUUCUUGUUCGCGAGCGACAGUUGACACGUGUACAUUUUUCGCGCACGUGGGCCGGCUCUACGUGCUUAGACGAUUUGACGACCAAUUUUCAAUUUGGAUUCGAUUUGUGUGUGAAAAAAUACGAUUCAGAAAACCCAUCGACAUGUUGGACGCGCCCUACUUUGAUGCCUUCAAAAAGGAAUAUUAUAACGAUUCAUUGACAAUGAACAAUAACAACGCCAACACGAACAACAAUAACAACAACAGCACCAGCAACAACAACAACCUGCUGGUGACGCAGACCAACCUAAACAACAACGUGACGGCGGGCGUGAAGCUCGACCAGCAGCAGCAGCAACAGCUUCAGCUGCAGGAGCAGCCCGACAGCGACACGAUCAAGAUGUUCGUGGGCCAGGUGCCCCGUUCGAUGGACGAGAACGAACUUCGACGUAUGUUCGAGGAAUACGGAAGGGUACAUUCGAUCAACGUGCUCAGGGACAAGGCAACAGGGGCCAGUAAAGGUUGUUGCUUUGUGACGUUUUUUACGAGAAAAGCCGCCCUGCUGGCUCAGGACGCUUUGCACAACGUGAAAACGCUCAACGGGAUGCACCAUCCUAUACAAAUGAAGCCAGCAGACAGCGAAAACAGAAACGAACGAAAAUUAUUUGUCGGAAUGUUAAGCAAAAAGCUGUGCGAGAACGACGUGAGGAACCUGUUCAACGGGCACGGGGUGAUAGAGGAGUGCACGGUGCUGCGCGAUCCGACCGGCAACUCGCGGGGCUGCGCGUUCGUCACCUUCGCGAGCAAACAGUCUGCGCUGAGCGCGAUCAAGUCGCUGCACCAGUCGCAAACGAUGGAGGGAUGCUCGGCGCCGCUCGUCGUCAAAUUUGCUGACACGCAAAAAGAAAAGGAACUGAAGCGUCAGCAGCAGAUGCAGGCGACGGUGUGGAACGCUCUGGCCGCGCCUCAGCUUCAAUCGCCUCCGCAGCAGUACUCGCCGGUGAUGCCCAACGAGCAGCUGCAGCUGCUGACGGCGAUGGGCGGUUCGGCGCUGCUGCAGCAGCAACAGCUGCUCACCGAGAACCUGUUGGCGCCGAUCGGUGUUCAAAACUUAGUGACUUUGGCGGCGAUGUCGCAACCCAACGGGGCCGCGACGCCACUGUGCAUGGCCAACUUGUUGGGCAAAAGUGCGGGCGUCGAUCGGACACUGACUGCGGCCGGCUUGCAGACGGGCAUGUCGGCGCCGGACCUGAGCUCGUACGGCUCGCUCAUCACCAACGCGACCAUCAACGCGGCCGCGAUGGCGGCAGCCGGCAAGCAAAUUGAAGGUCCGGAAGGAUGCAAUCUGUUCAUCUACCACCUGCCUCAGGAGUUCACCGACACGGAUUUGGCAUCGACGUUCCUGCCGUUCGGCCCAGUGAUAUCAGCCAAGGUGUUCAUAGACAAGCAAACCAAUUUGUCCAAGUGUUUCGGGUUUGUGUCGUUCGACAACGCGUCCUCGGCUCAACAGGCCAUUUCCGCCAUGAACGGUUUUCAAAUAGGUACAAAGAGGCUCAAGGUGCAAUUAAAAAGGGCCAAAGACGCCUCCAAGCCCUACUAGUUAGCCAAAGAGACACUUUUCAAAGCCAGUUGAUUUAACCCCCUCCCCCUAAAACCCCCCAAACAAAAUGACCCCUUUUUACCCCCCAACAUAAUAAAUACAGUGCACCCGAAUCAGUGCAGUUCCAUUCUCAGGAUCUAGCAGCUAUUUUAUGAACUGUGAAAUAUUUUUACUAGUUAACUGCGGUUUGAGGCCGCUGUAAAUUUAUUUAAAGAAAAAUUGAUAAAAAGAUGUAUUUAAUUCUUGUACCGACUAUGUUUGAAAUACCGAUCUAUCGCUAUUGGCCUACCAUCAAAAUGACGCUAGCAUUGAAGAGUAUUCCAAAUGUUUAAGGUGUUGGGAAAAGAUGCACUGACAAAAUUUUAGAAACUUUUUAUAUUUUUAACCGCAAUCACUUCCAACAUUUUUUAGACCAAAAUGGAAUACUCCACUAAAGCAAACCACCAAAAAACAUAUCUUAACUAAUUUUAGUUUACACGAGUAGUCCAAAGGUAUUUUUAAUAUCGAUGUACCCACCAAAGCCAAAAAUUUGGUAUGUAUUUGUUGAAGAUAUACAUAUAUUUUUAAUAUAAGCUUUGAAGGUAGUCACUAGUACUUAAAUAAAAGUACUUAAUUGUUAAUCACGUUUAGUUAGCCGGCGUAUUGUUGAAAGCAUUCCAUCGAAAAAUGUUUGUUUGGAUCAAUUUAUAUUUUUAACGAAAACGGUCCAAAAAAAUCACUUGUUUAUGUAGAAAAGUAAAGGGUAAGAAAUACAUAGUUCAUAAAAACACACAAACUGAUUCAAAGUCUGACCGUCACUUGACUGCGUUGGAAACUGGGAUAGCCGUCGGUAACGUUUACUGAGUUAUCACGUGGCCAUACGAAUCAAAGAAUAUUCUAGUCUCUCGUAAAGACCGAACUUUGUAAACCACCACGGCGCAUCCCUUUUUUCCCUCGUUAUAGACUGUACCGUACUUUUUUACUACUAGAAAGACCCUUUGAUUUUGAAUCAGUCAGCUAACGUCAUUCUGAUUGAGCAUAGGUGAUGAUCGGGCAUUAUCGAAAUCAGUCGGUCUUUCGAGGAAUGACGAGGAUGUUCGGUGAAUUUUCUGUUACGUUUUUUUUUCGGAUAUUUUUUUUGUAUUGUUUUUGGUUGGAUAGGUUUUAUUUUUCCUGUAAAAUUGCGUCUGUUGCGUUUUGUGCGUAUAGGCAUCCUCUGUUGUUAAGUUAUAUACCUAUAGAACAAUCGCCGGGUUAGAUACCUAAAAGAUUAAGGAUUCAGCAUCCUUUAUUGUUACCGUUUCUAUGUCCCUGGCUUUUGGUCUAUUUAGUCCAUUUUUUUUUUCAUGUUGAGUGAUUAUUAUGUUUUAGUUGGAGUCAAUACAUUUAUAUUAUUAUUACCCUUUAAAUUAUGAGCAUGUAUGAUUUGAAAUGUACCUUUUAUUUUCAAUUGUUAUUAAACCAAAGUUAGACCAAACAUGGCUGUUGUGUUUAAUAUUUGCAGGGUCUCUGUAACCACCCGGUCCUUUUCAAACAAAACAAAACUAAAAUUAUAACAGUCAUAACAAAAUAAAAAAUGGGAUAAUUCGCAUUAGACAAAUAGUGCUGGUUGGAACCAUGAUCCAGUAAUGAACGUAUGCAGAAAUGAUUCUUAUCGUACCGUAUGGUAUCCAUCAAUUUUUCUCUGCGAAACUAAAUUAGGAUUAUUUUACCUAAAAAGAAUCAUUAUUAUCAAUAUUGUGAUUUACCUUUAAUUUAUAAAAACAAAAAUACAUACUUAACUUUGUUUUGUUUGAAAGGGGCUUUAACAACCUUUUCCUCUCCACUCUAGUGUAGCCUAGUCUGCAGCAGAUUGUCUCUAGUGCUCUAGUGCUGUGUGAUUACACACACGUGUGUAUCACUAUGUCCGUACUACUAUACCUAGUGUUCACCACAAAAAAAUCAAUACCAAAAAAUAUAUACAGUGUCUUUUCUGGCUGCAUCCAUCGGCUCCAACGCGUGUGGCUUCUGUCUGUGUCUACUAAUGUAAAUGUGUCUUCAUCUACAGUAAGUGCUCUCAUACCUACUAACACUAGCUAGCUAACCUAACCUGUUUUUAGUUUUAUUUAUUUUUGUUUUAUCACGGAUUUAAUUAUGAUAUGCGGAAACACGAUUAUUUUUAGUAUAAACAUAAUUUAAACAAUGUGAAAACUUAUAUAGGGUAAGUUUUAAGUUGACCCUUUUUUUUUAA